AACCACUCAUACCAAACAAUCUAAGGGUGUAUAAAUACACUAUAACCAACAUUCAAUAAAACAACUCCCUAAAUUUCCUCUGUUUUUUUUCUUCUUCUUAGCAAUGGCAUCCAAUGUAAGAUGCUUUUUCUUGCUCUUAGCCCUAGCCUUAGCCUUUUGUCUCCAAACUCAUGCUAGAGAUAGCAAGUUCUUUAGCAAAGUAAGCAAAGAAAACAAGGAAUCCAUUAGUAUUGCUCCUAUACAAUCACCAACACUAGCUCCUUCUCCGUCGCCCGAACCCGAUGUUGUCGAACAUGGGUACGGGCUUUACGGUCAGGAGACUUACCAAUACCCUCCUACAACCACAAACCCUACAAAAAGUGAAAAUUUUGGUCAAGAGAAGUUUGUUUCUAGUGAAGAGUUGAGCAAGAACAACUUCAAGGAAUUUGGAAUGGGUUAUUCCAAUGACAACUUUAAUGAGAAUGGGAAUGAGAAGAAAGGAAUGAGUGAUACUAGAUUUUUGGAAAAUGGGAAGUAUUAUUAUGAUGUUAAUCAAGAUGUUAAGGAUGAAAGUAGCUUAUUCAAUGGGAAUAAGAAUGAGUAUGUGACUGAAAGGCAAGGAAUGAGUGAUACUAGAUUUUUGGAGAAUGGGAAGUAUUUUCAUGAUAUUAAUCAAGAAAGUAGAAUUAAUGAGGGUAGAAAUGCUCAUUUCAUCACUAACAACUAUGAAAAUGAGAAUGAGAAUGAGAAUGAGAACGAGAAUGAGAACGAGGAGUUUGAGGAAAAAUUUGGUCAUUUCAACACGAACAACUUCAAGGAUGAAAAUCACAACAAAAACGAGAAAUUUAACAACGCGGAGAAACAAGGGAUGAGCGACACGAGGUUUUUGGAGAAUGGGAAGUACUUCUAUGAUGCCAAGAAUGAUCAUGGAGUUGGAGAUGAUGUUGGUUUUCACAACAACAAUAAUGUUGAGUUUGCCAAUACUUUCUCUAGGAAUGGGAAUGAGUAUGAGAACGGUAACAAUGAGUAUGAAACACAAGGAAGAGAGGGUUAUAAUUAUUAUCAUGGUAAUGAUGAGUAUAAUGUGAAAGAAGGAAGAGAAGGUUAUAAACCCAAGAAGUUUCCUAGUGAGUAUGAUACAAUGGAAGAAUAUGAUAGGGAACAAGGGUACAUUAAUGGUCAUGAAGGUGAAUAUGUACCAUGAUUAAAAUUUAGUAGAGUUAUGUCUAAGAAAAAAUGAUUUUAGUUUGAGAAGAUCAAAAGGGUUUAUAGUUUUUUGUUAUACUUUUGUUUUUUAAGUUAUCAAGAUGUAUGAGUCUUGUUUGGCAAUUUUAGCUUUUAGUUAUUUGUGUAAGCUAAAAUUAGCCAAAAUUAUGUACUCCGUAUUUUUCUUAUGUUGGAAAUGCAACUUUGAAAUUUAACAUCAAAAACGAUUCUCACGGAUUAUAAAAGCAACAA